GACCAACACUCCAAUAAACUAUUUUCAAGCUCUCAAUUGCUUCAUUCUUCUUGUUCCCCUUGUCUCUACCCUAACUCAGCCGGCAUAAUUUGGAACCGACCCGACUAAUAUUCGGGUUCCUAACUGACCCCUUAAGCUGCUCCGCGUUAGAAAAUUGUCGUCCCGUCUUGCUAAUCACAUUUACUGUUGUUUCUAAGCUUCAAAAUGGCAACUGGCCCUGGACUUGAGUCUCUUGUAGAUCAGACAAUCUCAGUCAUUACCAAUGAUGGGCGCAACAUUGUGGGAGUUUUAAAAGGCUUCGACCAGGCCACAAAUAUCAUUCUCGACGAAUCUCAUGAACGUGUGUAUUCCACCAAGGAAGGUGUUCAGCAACUUGUGCUGGGUUUGUACAUAAUAAGAGGCGACAACAUAAGUGUCGUUGGUGAACUAGAUGAAGAGCUCGAUUCUGCUCUCGACUUGUCAAAUGUUAGAGCACAUCCUCUGAAGCCUGUUAUCCAUUGAUUGAAAGGGGAAAGUUUUGUAGAGUUGCUAAGGACGGCAUGCUGUAUUAAGUUCUUAAGAAAACAUGUUAAAGAUCAUAAAUAGGAUGAUGAGAAACCAAAUGCGUAUUAAUUUUUGGAUG